AUGGCAUCAAGUUUUGCUAAUGCAAAUGUGGUAACUGUACAACCAACAUAUUCAAAAACUAAUCCAUUCAAAGAAUUGAAUGGUAACUGGAAUGUUGGUUUAUUCGAUUGUUGUACUGAUGUAUCUAAAUGUUGUUAUGUAUUUUGGUGUACUCCUUGCUACUGUUGUUCAUUAGCGAGUAAACUUGACGAAUCUAUAUGGUCAUGUUGUUGUGUUGGAUACGCACUUCCUAUGUACCGAAUGAAAGUUCGAUCUAUUCUGAAAAUUCAAGGUGAUACUUUCAGUGAUCAUUGUGCAGUAUUAUGGUGUCCAUGUUGUGUUGCUCUUCAGAUGGAUAAUGAACUCAAAGUUCGAAAUAUUGCUUAA